AUGAAUGCUACAGAAGAGUAUCCCUACUAUAAUGGUAUCGGUGCUUUUUAUGAGGACCAAACUGAACGUAUUAUACCACCAAUCAUAUUAACCGCCUGUUGUAUAGGACUCCCGUUAAACGGAAUUGUCAUCUGGUUACUCGGCUUCCAGAUUAAGAGAAACCCUUUCACCGUGCUGAUUCUGAAUUUAGCUAUUUCUGACUGUGGGGUUCUCAUAUUUAUGCCUAUAGUUUCGACUCCUUAUUUUACAGAUUUUAUGCCAUCCAUAACUCACCGGGUUUUUCUAUUUUGUCUCUCUGACAUCAUAUAUAUCAAUGGUCUAUUUCUUCUGACAGCCAUCAGUGUGGACCGGUGUGUUUCUAUCCUCUUCCCAAUCUGGCAUCGCUGUUUCCGUUCAAAACAUUUCUCCCCUGCUCUCUGCGUUUUCCUCUGGAUCAUCUCUUUCCUCCUGGGUGGAAUUCAGAGCCUCAUGAAAUAUGUAUUUUUAUAUGAUGUCAUCCCAAGACUCCAUUUGCUUGUGACUGCUCUGCUUUGCCUUCCACUGAUCACAAUCUCUUCUGUGAUUCUAUUCAUCAAUAUAAAUCUGAGAUCUGAACAGAUCAAACGUGGAAGACUUUUAGUCAUGAUCUUAAUUACUCUUUUCUGUUUCCUUAUUCUUUCUGUUCCAUUAUACAUCUACAUAUGUGUUGAUCAUUUUGUUGACAUGAGCUAUGUCUGGGACUAUCUUAGCUUUCCUUUUUAUUUUAGUCUGAGUGCUUGCCUAAACAGCAGCAUUAACCCAGUGAUUUAUUUUCUGGUUGGGAGAAAGAAAGGAACUCAGUCCAGGGAGAGCAUCAAAGUCAUGUUUCAAAGAGUCUUUGGGGAAGAUGAAGCUUCCGAAACCAGAUAA